AAAAUUCUGUAAUUGUCAAUAAAAUUGUUAACGAACAUAAUCACUUAUUGAAUCCAAGAAGAAUCGAAUUUGAAGAUAACAAGAAAUUUAAUGAUGAAAUGUUAGAAGAUGUGAGGUUCAUGACCUUGUUCUGUAAAUUUGGAGCUACAUCUCAACGAAAAUUUCUCGAAGGCAAAUAUUCUACUCAACCGAUUUAUUCAAAUGAUUUAUAUGCCGCUAUACAAAAAUUUAGGCCUAAUAGUAAAUCAUUGUUGAAUGAUGCUGUACAG